GAGGAGGUUUUCCCUCAGAUGACGUCGCUCGGCGUAGACUUGUGUUAGCAGACUGUUCACCUGCAAACAUCGUGAAAGUAUCGAGGAAAAUCAGUUGAACUACUUUCCAGACUGAGCCUGCAGCAAUGCACUCGAGCAUAAAGCAGUUUAUUCGACUACAGCCCUGCGCCCACGCGCACUGCAGGACAGCCGCAGGAAAACUGCACAUGGAUUUAGCACAACCGCGAAUAACAAGAGUCUGCGCAGCUGCAAACACACAGCGCUUCGUCCAGCAGGUCUCCAGGAAAUAUACGUCCGACACGGCGUACGACCAGGCCUUCAGCGCGGCCCGGGACAGCCCACAGGCGUUCUGGAGGGAAGCAGGACAAAACAUUCACUGGUUUGAGCCAUGGACAAAGACUUUGCACUUUGAAGACCCCGUGUUUCCUCAGUGGUUUGCAGGUGGAAAGCUGAACAUGUGCUAUAAUGCUGUGGACCGACAUGUAGAGAGUGGACGUGGAGACCAGCCAGCCAUCAUCUAUGACAGCCCUGUGACUGGAACCAAGCAAAUCAUCUCUUACAGAGAACUACAAGAACAGGUUUCCAGGCUUGCAGGAGUGCUAGUGAAGCAUGGAGUACAGAAAGGAGAUCUAGUGGUGAUCUACAUGCCCAUGGUGCCCCAGGCGAUGUUCACCAUGCUGGCCUGUGCUCGGAUCGGUGCCCCACACAGCCUCAUCUUUGGUGGUUUUGCUUCCAGAGAGCUAGCUGUCCGAAUUACUCAUGCCAAGCCCAAGCUGAUGGUAACAGCCUCUUUUGGCAUCGAGCCCGGUAGAAGAGUGCAGUACAUUCCUCUGGUGGAGAAGGCCUUAGACCUGAGCUCCCACAGGCCCUCCAAAGUCCUCAUCUUUAACAGACCAAAUAUGGAAAGAGUCUCUAUGAACCCGGAGUUGUGUCUAGACUGGGAUGAAGAAAUGGCCACAGCCCAGCCGCAUGACUGUGUAUCUGUUCCCUCCAACCACCCCCUGUAUGUGCUGUACACCUCUGGGACUACAGGGGCGCCAAAGGGGAUUGUGCGAGACACUGCGGGCUAUGCUGUGAUGCUGAAAUGGACCAUGUCAAAUAUUUAUGCACUUCAACCUGGUGAUGUUUGGUGGGCAGCGUCUGACCUGGGAUGGGUGGUUGGACAUUCAUAUAUUUGCUAUGCACCUUUACUCCAUGGAAACACCACAAUUCUUUAUGAGGGUAAACCAGUGGGGACUCCAGACCCAGGAGCGUUCUUUCGUGUCCUGUCUGAACAUGGGGCCUCCUCCAUGUUCACAGCACCUACUGCCAUUCGAGCCAUCCGCCAACAGGACCCUGAUGCCGCCGUGGGAAGGAAGUACUCUCUUUCAAGGUUACAGACACUGUUUGUGGCAGGGGAACGUUGUGAUGUUGAAACUCUGGAAUGGGCCAAGAAAAGUUUUGGUGUCCCAAUCUUGGACCACUGGUGGCAGACAGAAACUGGCUCUCCCAUCACAUCUACAUGUGCAGGACUGGGUCACUGUCUCACCACCCCUCCAGGACAAGCAGGAAAACCUGUACCAGGAUAUGAUGUCCGAGUCAUAGAUGAUGAUAUGGAAGAGGUAAAUCCAAGAACCCUGGGAAAUAUUGUUGUUAGGCUCCCUUUACCUCCAGGAGCUGCAUUGUCUCUAUGGCAGAACCAAGACCUGUUCAAAGAGCUGUACUUCACCAAGUUCCCUGGUUACUAUGACACUAUGGAUGCUGGUUUUAAAGAUGAGGAGGGAUUCAUUUACAUCAUGUCUCGGUCUGAUGAUGUCAUCAAUGUGGCAGGGCACAGGCUUUCUGCUGGAGCACUGGAGGAGUCAAUCCUGCAGCAUCCAGCUGUAGGGGACUGUGCUGUAGUGGCCCUGGAGGAUGCUCUGAAAGGUCAUGUGCCAUUGGCUCUGUGUGUACUCAAGAAUGGAGUGCUCAAAAAUAGAGAAGAGAUUGUUAAAGAGAUAGUGAUGCAUGUCAGAGACACAAUUGGGCCAGUUGCUGCUUUUAGAAAGGUCGUUUUUGUUCAAGCUCUGCCCAAAACCCGCUCAGGCAAGAUUCCACGCUCCGCUUUGGCAAAACUGGUCAGCGGGAAACCCUACAAGAUCACUCCAACCAUAGAAGAUCCCAAAGUCUUUAAAGCAAUUGAAAAAGAGGUAGAAAAAGCACCAUUAGGGGCCUAGUCAGUAGAAUAUUACGAGAGUAACUUCUAUUCUGAAGUUUUUGUUUUUUUUUACAGUGCAGCUGCUAAAUCAUUUAUAAAUGAGUUUGUCCUAAAAGCUUUUUAAUUAUGCAUACUGUUUUUAAGUAUGGACAAUAUUUAUCAUUGCAGCUUUUUACCAGCUUUUGUGCCAUGCACAUUUUAGUUAGUUGCUGACAUCUGCAAUUUUGUUGCAUUUUAAAUGUUAGUGUCAACACCAGUCAAAAGUUAUAACAGGAAACACAAGGUACAUACAGUUUCUUUUAAUGUAAUUGAAAUUUGUUUGCCCGCACCACAAAAGUACAAGAAGUUAUAAAU